CCGGCCAAACUGCUAUCCAUGGAUUUCGUUUUUGGAGCCUGAAGAUCCUCUGCUUUAUUGCUACAUCAACAAUGGCGUCUGCUUUUCUAAAUUUGACCCUCAGGUGUAGUAGCAGAGCACCAUCUUGUAUUUAUGAGGAAAGAAACCAGAUGCCAGGGAAGAAGCAAGAAAAGGUGGGACUCUUAAACAACAGAAAAAUCGUCAAGGAUAAUACCGUCGUUUCUGACUUUCAAGACUCAGAACACCAUAAUCACCCUCCACUUGUUAGCGCACUAAAGGCUUCAGCUGAACAAAACGUUGCCAGUUUUCACUUUCCAGGACACAACAGGGGUCGGGCAGCUCCAUCUUCACUGUCUAGUCUCAUCGGAGUACAACCAUUCCUUCAUGACUUGCCUGAGCUUCCAGAGCUAGACAACCUAUUUGCACCUGAAGGCCCCAUUUUGGAUGCACAAAAACAAGCAGCUAAAUUGUUUGGAGCUACAGAGACAUGGUUUCUAGUUGGGGGUACAACAUGUGGGAUUCAAGCGUCAGUUAUGGCUACUUGUUCACCAGGUGAUACGCUAAUUCUUCCACGGAAUUCUCACAUAUCAGCCUUUUCUUCUAUGGUUUUGUGUGGCACACUACCCAAGUACAUCACUCCAGAAUAUGAUUUUGACUGGGACAUUGCUUGCGGCAUCACUCCUUCGCAGGUGGAGAAGGCAAUGAGAGAAUUGGAUAGCGAGGGUCGAAAAGCAUCAGCAGUUCUUGUCACCUCACCUACUUAUCACGGUAUCUGUAGUAAUCUGAAAGAGAUUUCCCGGUUGUGUCAUUCUCACAACAUUCCUAUGAUCGUUGACGAGGCUCAUGGGGCCCACUUAGGCUUUCACGAAGAUUUGCCUCUUUCUGCUCUUUGUCAAGGGGCUGAUCUUUCCAUACAGUCGACCCAUAAGGUAUUAUGCUCACUCACGCAAUCAUCCAUGUUACAUAUGGCAGGAAAGAUUGUGGAUAGAGAAAGAAUAUGUCGAUGCCUUCAAACCCUUCAAAGCACCAGUCCUAGUUAUCUGCUUUUAGCUUCCUUAGACGCUUCAAGGGCUCAAAUAAGCGAACACCCAGAAACCGUGUUCAAUAAAGCAGUUGAAAUAGCCUUGGAAGCAAAAGCCCUUAUAGAAAAGAUUCCAGGAAUUACAGUCCUCAAUUAUAGUACAUUUUCUGAUUUUCCUGGUAUUGAUCCUUUACGAAUUACAGUAGGGGUAUGGAAGCUUGGUAUAUCUGGUUUCGAAGCUGAUGAUAUCUUAUAUGAGGAUUAUGGAGUCGUUUCAGAACUUAUUGGGAGCCGUUCUAUAACAUUUGCAUUAAAUCUAGGAACCAGUGGAGACGAUGUUCUGAGGCUUGUAUCAGGGUUAAACCAUCUAUCACAAACAUUCAACUCAAUUGGUUUGAAGGAGGAAAAACCAAAUGGUAUACAACCAUUUAUCGAAACCAGUGGUAGCAUGAGAUUGAGCCCUCGAGAUGCCUUUUUUGCGAAUAAAGAGAAAGUGAGCUUUAAAGAGAGUAUUGGGAGAGUUUGUGGGGAGUUAAUAUGUCCAUACCCACCAGGAAUCCCGUUACUUAUACCUGGGGAAGUGAUUACAGAGGAAGCAGCAAGUUAUUUGGUUGAGGUGAAGAAGAAAGGUGGUUUUGUUAGUGGAGCUUCUGAUUCGAGUCUCUUCUCCAUUGUUGUUUGCAGUUAAAACAUUCAUAAAUUUAUGGCUGGGGUGUGAAAGAAUGGUAUAAAGCCAAUAACAACUGCGGAACGUAUCAGGAACCGGUAAAGAAGAUGUUGUCCGGCUUGUAUCUGAAGAAACCUAAUCAGUUUGAAUAAAUGGCCAAAUAGGGUUUAGGGUUCAUAUACUCCAUAAAGUCCCCAUUAGCAUGAGAUUUAGCCCUAUGGGGGCUUACCGAGCAUUAGAAAGAGCUGUUAUUGCUUCCAAAGUCCGAACAAGAAGUUUGAACACGUUCUGCAGGGAUGUCCAUCUCCUUACCUGCUACGCUAGAGCCGUAAGAACAAAAUGGUUUGUAGUUGUUUUUUUACAUUAUUAUUCAACUAUAAGCAAUCCAUAUUUGAUUAGAUCCUUUAUGGCUGGAAUAAGAUUUGCAAAACAGAAGCCUUGAUGCCAGGUCACUGCUAUUACUUUAAGCUGCUUAGGAGAUGCAAGGUCAGAUUGCUAGAGAUCAUGAGAGUAAUUUAAUGGAACUAUCUUUGAUGUAAGGAAGAUUAUGGUUAUGUUUUGUUUUCUCCAUAGGAUUCAAUGGACAUAAGACUUCAACUA